AUGGGGUGUAUACCGAGAGGUCGCAUCCUGGGAGCUGCAGCCAUACUAUCAAUCGUUCUUUUCAUGCUUCUGUUCUUCAUCAAUCCGCCACAGAUCCACUCACUGUCGACCCCGCUGUCUGAUGCAUCAGCUGAAAGAAAACCCUCACAUUCGCCUCCUGCUGCUCUCCUGACACCUUCUACUACCUCUCCGACUUCUACUCCAACCGCUUCCUCAUUCCCCUCAAGCCCGAUCAACAACAACCCCCAUUGCCGGGAUCUCCCCGUUACCAGCCAUAUCCAAAUCAUAGUCAAGACCGGAAGCAACAUCCUCUACGAUAAGCUGCCGACGCAGCUUCUGACGACCCUUCAAUGCCACACCGAUCUCCUCCUCCUCGCCGACAGCGAGCAGGACCUGGGUCCAUACCACGUCCAUGACGUCCUCGCCAACGUGAACGAGACCAUCAAAGCCACCCACCCCGACUUCGCCUACUACCGCACCCUCCAAGAGUACCAAAAAGACGGUCUCGACCUACGUCUUCUCCGCGACGCAUCCCACAAAUCCGCCUGGGACCUCGACAAAUACAAAUUCAUCCACAUGCUCGACCAAACCUGGACACGCCGCCCCGGCCGCGACUGGUACGUCUUCGUCGAGGCGGACACCUACCUCGUCACGCGGAACCUCCUCCUCUGGCUGGACCGUCUGGACCCGGCACAGCCGCUGUACCUCGGAUCGCCCGCGUACUUCAAGGGGGAGCUAUUCGCGCACGGCGGCAGCGGGAUCGUGCUCUCGCGCGCGGCGAUGGCGCAGGUCCUCGACGACGACCCCGGGCUGACGGAGCGCUACGACGAGCGCAUGCAGUCUGAGCAUUUCGGCGACUACGUGCUGAUGAAGGCGCUGCAGGAGAAGGGCGUCGCGCUGCAGAGCAGCUGGCCCAUGAUCCAGGGCGAGAAGCAGAAUUCCUUGCCGUUCGGGCCGGGCCCGGACUCGGGCGUCCGGCACUGGUGCCAGCCGUUAAUUACGAUGCAUGGGGUCACGCCGGGGGAUGUGAGUGCGAUGUGGAACUUUGAACAGCAGCGCGAGCGGGUUAAUGAACCGCUUCUCAUUUCGGAGGUGUAUCAUUAUUUCAUGGGACGGGAUUUGCCCGCGGAACGUGACGACUGGUAUAAUUUGUCCGACGACUUGAUGUUCCGGGCGCCGGGUGUGCAAGGGUCGCGACAGAUGCCGCCGGAUGAGAUGACGCCGGCGGAGAAGGAGGCUUACAUGUCGUUUGAGCACUGCGGUCGCGCCUGCGAGCAACAUGCGCGGUGUUUCCAGUACGCUUAUGAUAAGAUCGAUCAGAGCUGCGGGUUCUCUUUUUCCUACCGGCUAGGAGGGCGGAAGCUAUCCGCAAAGGACGAGCACCGGUAUAGAUCUGGGUGGGUGCGGGAGAAGAUCGAGCGAGAUUAUAGACAAAUUGACUGUACAGAACCAGGGUGGGUAUAG